AGAUGUUUGCAUAUAAAAUCGCGUGUUAGAAUCAGGAGAAAAUACAUAAUAAGACAUGAACUGGCCAGAGCCUGGGUUAGGUUUCUGGUCCCGAGUGGCAAGUGAAGAUCAAAAGAUGAUCAAUGCUCUACACUGAAAGCUUUUUUAUGAAAAGUGUGUCAAGUAAAUAAUUAGAUAGUUUAAUUGUUGCUCGUCAAGAUGGAGUUCCACUUCGUUUAUUGCUCUGCUUCACCAUACGUAUUGGGUUUAUUUGUGUUGAUAUUGUCGCUCCAGACGUGCAAUGUGCUGGGAUCAAGUCUAGAAAGUGAUCUGGGGACCGCAUUGCGAAACAACGAGAAUACAAAUUCAGAGAAAAAAAUAGACGCACUAAUAAUGAACCCGUUGACAACGGAAGAGUUAGUGACUAAAUUCCUCAAUCACAACCUUGAUCCGAAACGUCCAUCAUUGGAAACGUCUUAUUUUGAUCAUCAAAAGCGUCAAGACGAGUCGUCUCGCUCACCAAAAACAACAAACAACCAUCACUCUAGACUGAAUUAUGGCAAGGUUUCUCACCCAAUUCUUUACUCAGGCUCGGAGAUCCACAAUCACCACCCAGCGUUCCAUGCUGGCCGCAAGAGGAAAAAACAAUACGAGCGAAAGGCUCAUAUUUCGUCUAUAACAAACGCAGUUGAUCAAAACUAUCCAAUGACGAAGCCUCGUGACCCACGCCGUGACUUUGAUGUUGACGAAAAUUUGCUGCGUUCGUCGAGUACAAACGAAAGAACUAACCAACGUAUGCAUGAUGCUUCUGUUCACAGCCACAAGAAGAUAUCUUUCCUGCUUGAUAAAGCAAAACAUAUUUCAAAGACGCACCAUCAUCGUCGUAAGCUGCAUCACAAACACAGUCAUCACACUCACCACGAACGAGUGACUUCACAAACUGGGGAAAAAGUCUCACCAAAGAAGCAUUUAGCGCCUGGCAAAGACUUCGAUCCUCUUCACGUACCAGAACUUGAGGGAUUCGUCUUACAAGAGUUCGAUGCCGGCGAUUUUGAAGGGGAAAGGGUUUCUUUGGGUGACGCUAAAGUUGCCAAAAGAGGGAGCGGGCUUGUUGAUAAAAAUAUUCAUGUUUCUCGCUCUUCUUCCAGCCGAAAGAAAAAAUACCCCAAGAAAUACAAGAAGGUGCCACAAAAGAUAAAGACCAAGAAGCCUCAAGGUAUUAAAGUUGGGGUAAAGAAAUUUAAAGAUUUUGAUUUGACCGUUCUUGAAGUCCCUAACCUCUCACGUGAUGGGUCAUCACAAGCGAGCUUAAAAUCACCACGUCAUCACGCAAGCAGGAUAAUCGAAGGCGAUAUUAUGUUGAAUGAUGCUCCUGCAGCUGGCAACUCGAGCUCACAUAAGCCAGACAAACAUCGCGACUUUCGACUGUCUAAAAAAAGACUCAAUGAAGUGAAGAACAUGGCCACCAAAACUCGUAACUCAGCGAACGAAAAGCACCACAUUUCCCGUCGUAUCGGGGACGGCACUGAGGCCAAGAUGAUGAACACAUUCGGGACCGUAAUGGGCUCGGGACUGGUCAAAAAACUCGGCGACGCCGAAGUUGUGGACGUGACUCGUGAUGGCCAGAUUGAAUUUGGUCCACACGCAGCUCGCCAGACUGCCGGUUAUGGUGGCCAAUACAAGGCCAUCAGCGACUCUGCGGCACGCAGUCGCCGGGAGGAAGGCGCGCCUGGGAGCCCCAUCGGGGCGGCCGCAGCAGCAGCGGCACUCCCGCGAUCCAAAACUGCCGAGCCGCUCGACUUGGACGCGGCGAAUGUCAACCGCCACACAGAAAUGGACGCCGAGGUCGAUGACAGUUUUGCCAACAUUAAUGCUGAUAUACUGGCAGAUGAUGAAGAUUCUGCUGACGUGGCUAUGACCUCGUCAGCAACGCUGUCUACCACAGCCAGCCCCUCUACUACGACGUUCUCCCCGGACGUGAUGCCGAGCAUCAGCUGCACCGCCGCGGACCAGUGCAGUGAGGUGGCCUACGCUGUGUGUGGUGCUGGAGGAACCUGCAUCUGUUCGGACCCCACACCGGUCUACAUCGCUGACAUCUCCACCUGUCUUAAAGGUGCGGCACUGAACACGUCCUGCCUGUACGAUGAACAAUGUCUGUUCAUGGAGGAAACUUACGGGCGCUGUGGCACCAACAAGAUCUGCACCUGCGUCAAGGGUUACGAAGUUAAGAUGCAUCCCAGCGUCGGCAUCAACUGCGUAGAACACUCUCGGCCUGCCAACCCCGUGGACCCGACGAUGAUAGGCGUGCUGGUCGGCCUCGCCCUCAUGUUCGUCAUCAUCUGCGUCGUGCUGCGUCUCUUCUCCAAAGCUCGCUUCCGUGAAAACCGGUCCAUCUUCAACACUCCUAACCCCCGACUGAUGAACGCUUCGCUGUUCAAAGACAGUAAGUUGCUGAGCCCUUCUCGAGGUGAACGCCGAGGCUCUCGAGCCAGUGUCAGAGCCCCCAGUCGAACGGCCUCUUUGGCCUCUGUCAACGCAGCUGCGUCACCCACCGGAAAAUCUCCUAACGGUUCGCUUACGGCUAAAGGGCGUCGGGGCAGCGGCGUCUCCGUUGGGUCCGGUCCAGCGGUCGGCAGUCCAGCAGCGAGCGCUAUCGCCCGCACGUCGCCCACCCCAGAAACUCCCAAAAGCGCAGGCGGGCCUCUCAGCCCCGACAAAAUCAAGAAGGAACAAUCAGCCGUCAACAUCGAAGCUGUCGACUAAGUCUCGUAAUGUGGAAAGUCCUUUGAUGUUGUCGCCUAAGUUGCGUUCAAGAACAACAGUUUCCAAGUCGUCGCCAGGCAGAAAAGAAUCGAAUAAAAAUGUCAUCAGUACGAAAUCAAAACCUAACCGAACCAGCAGUUUAGCCGUAAUCGAGCAGUGUCAUAAAACUACAAACGGUAAUUCGGAAUCCGUGUUGUCAGCUGGAAAAGGUAAGCGUUACGCUCAUCAUGAAGCAGUAAAACUCGAAAAAUCAAGAUUUUCUUGCAAUUCCACAUGUGCAGAAAGCAGCCAAAGCGUUGCCGAGUCCACAUUUACGUCUAGGAGUGUGAGUCCCGCUAUGUCAGACUCAGCUUACAGCGCCCCCUCCACUAGCGGCUACAAGCCAGACACAACCAAAAUUACAAGGAGCUCUUCAGGCGACAACUGCAGCGGUCGAAGUGAUCACGAAAAUUCAUCCGAUUAGGAGGUUUAGAUAUUUCCGAACUCUCAUAUAUAUCGAUGUACAUUUUUUGAGGAGUUUUAUCAGUGCUUCGAGUUUUGAAACAUUCCCUGGCUUUGUGAGUUUGCAAUUCGAAAUAAAAUAUACGAUUUAUUUUGUUCAUCUUACAAAUCUGUGCUGCGACAAUUUUUAUUCCCGUUUUUAUGUCGUUGUACAAUAUUAGUAUCUUAGAGUAUUGCUAUUCAAUCAUAAUUCGAUUUUGAUGCACAAAUACUAUAAAAAUGCGCAACUACGUAUCGUAAAUAGUUUUUUGAUUUCUGAAUUUAUUGUGGAAUGCAUUAUCGAAAAUUUUCAGUUGUUGAAAUCACAAGCCGAGUCUCAUUGAUAUAAGUGAGGAGCUGUUGCCAUUUUUAGGCGUGGAUUGAAGCACUUUUAUCAUCAUAACCUAGUGUUAAGAUACCCUUCUUGACCAUCGACUCCUUGCCUUGAAUCCCCUCAGUACCUCUUUUAUCUGUCCUCCAUAUAUACCUACUGAACGCACUAGUUCCUCAUACAUACUGUACUUCUUUAGUAUAGCGUCUCAAUUAGACAUCGAUCGUUGCUCAUGGCUUCUAUGAUCUUUUAUACUGAACUUUAGCUUACCUGUUUCCAUCAGUUCAUUUUGAUCGGGCGGUGAAAUUUUUCUCACUUGGAGAAAUACAAUUUCUCCAGCGCCCAGCAGUUCUCUUCUUGAUUCGUUACAGAAUUCAAAUCAAUAGCUCUCCUUUUUCUAUAAUAUGGAAUGCGCAUGAUGCUGCUACUUGUAUUUUUCUAUGAACUUUCCUCUCUUAUGAUCUAGUUAUUGUAUUUUAGUAUAGAGUUUUAGUAGACUGUUGGCUGGCGGCCAUACAAUAGGUCUUACUUAUAAUGAAGCACCGAUAGUUAGAUUUUUAGUGACAUGACCACUCAUGAGUCUGUACCGGCACCAGAGUUAGUGACUUUGUAGAAGUUCUGCCCGCUUGUAUUCCUACUAUUGUAAAUCCUAACAUUUUCAAUAUUAUAUGCAAUUCAUUCAUUACGGGACUAAUUAGCAAUGAAUGUUUUUUAAGGACAGAAGAACUGAAACAUUUGAGUUGUUGAGCCCAUCACUUUAUUAUAAGCGCGACCUUUAUUCCAAAAAUUUUAAGGAAGACUGAAAUUAACUUUUUUCCGUGUAAGUUUUUGUCAUUUUCGACAUGUAAUAUCCCCGAGACGAAAUUUAUCUGAUAAUUUGGUUAUGAAUUAUUCACGCUGUAAAGUGUAAAUGGAGGGUAUAGAAAGUGAGAGACAAUACCUGAGUGAAGUAGACGUGAAGUUGUAAGAAACUUUUCAAUUUUAGGAACAAAAAUUUAAGUCUUCUAUUUUGAUGAACUGUUUUUGCCGCGAAUUAUCAUGCAACAACAAUGAACUGUUAUAUCGAUGUUGGUCUCGAGAAAGAAAUUCAAUUAUCGACUCGCCGAGCUGUACAUGUUGCUUGCGCUGCUUAAAAUCAUUCCUGUGAAACUAAAGAAAAAAUGUAAUUGCUUGUUUAUUUAAGGAUUACCGUGUAACUUAACUGCUAUGUUGAGAUCAUAUUCAACAUCACAAUAUUUAUUUGUUCUGUAUCACUUCUCUCACAAUCCAACGUUACAAAGGACCGAUACGUCGCCUGAUGGAGGAAAUCGACUGCGUCGGUUGUGGUUUUCAGUCUUCGUACGAAUAGCACUGCAGAGAUGACACUCUGACGUGUACUGUGCAAUGUACAAUGUACAUCGUUGCCAGUCUCCGUACGAAUAGCACUAUGUGCACAACACUGUGACGUGUACAUCGCUGCGCGAAGGCCACUCCAGACGUCAUGGUCGAAGGAGAGCGUACAGAUGACGAGGAGCUUCUAUCUUGGCUCCUGUCGUUGCAAUCGAAGGCCCCCGAUGAAUCCAGGGGAAGAGGAAUCCUUGGCGCCCUUCGAGGUUGGGAAUGGUUUUAUCGUGAAAUUUAAAUAAUCGUGAACUUUUCAAUAAAGUUUAUAUAACCUGGACAUAAAAUAAUACGCUCAAGUAACUCGGUAAUUUGACAGUAUGGUUUAGCACAUUGGCCCAGCGAAAAAAAAAGUCUGUGAGAGCUAGCGGAAUUCAUUAUAAAUUAUAAUUAUUUAAUUCGUUUCCUUUUCAUAUCAUAUUUGAUAAGAAUAAAUAUUAAGGAAUUCAAUUUGACUUAAUUUGAUGCAAUUCCACGACCAAGUGGUUCAUCGCUCGUACAUAUUGCCAUGAAUUCUACUAUGCUUACGAAUUUCGACUCAUUCUUGCACGCAGUAGAAACACGGUGAU